AUUUUGCAGCCGAUCGGAUAUAUAGUUUUUGAAUUUUUCAUCAGAUUUUGGCCGAGGAAAACCUGCGGGGAAAAAUGUUCUCGGUCUACCCCAGACAUUGGACAUAAUAUAAAGACCAUUGAAAGGUUGCUAUUCUUUAAGAUUUUUAGAAGAUUAAGUGGUUUACUAUAGGAUAGAUAUAAUAAACAAUAUACAAUAUAAAAUGGUGGAUUUAAAUGUUAAUGGGAAAGUUGCAGUAAUUACUGGAGGAACUCGUGGUUUAGGAUUAUAUUGUGCUGAAGCAUUAGCAUUAAAUGGUGCAUCAGUAGUUGUAAUUACUUCAAGAAAAGCUAAAGCAUGUGAAGAAGCAAAGAAAUAUUUAGAAAAGAAGAGUAAAGAAGCUGGUAAACAAGUUAAGAUAAUUAGUAUACCUGCUGAUAUUGCUGUUGAAGCUGAAUGUGUAAAAUUCUUUCAAGAAGUAUCUAAACAAGUUGAUAAGGUUGAUAUUUUAAUUGCUAAUGCAGGAGCUUCUUGGGGUGCACCAUUAGAAGAACAUCCAAUUUCAGCGGUUAAAAAGAUCCUUGGUUUGAAUGUAGUUGCAGUUUUCCAUACUAUUCAAUUAUUCACUCCACUAUUAGAAAAGUCAGGUACUCCAGAAGAUCCAUCGAGAAUUUUAAUUAUGUCAUCAGUAGCCUCGCUUAUUCCAAAUGACCCAGUUGGUACUUAUGGUUAUUUGGCUUCCAAAGCGGGAGUUUCUCAUUUAGGUAAGAAUUUAGCUAUUCAAUUAGGCCCUAGAAAUAUUACUGUAAAUUCUUUAGCUCCAGGAUUUUUCCCUACAAAGAUGUCUCAAGGUUUACUAGAUGUUGCAGGUGAAGCUAUGGUUGAAAGUAAUCCAAGAGGUAGAUUAGGUGUUAAAGAGGACAUUGAAUCUAUCACAUUAUUUUUAUGUUCUAAACUUUCAUCCUAUAUAAAUGGUACAGUGAUCCCAAUUGAUGGUGGAGCCCAUUUGAAUCCUCCACACUCCAAAUUUUAAUUAUGGUUCUUAUAUAUGGCGAUAUUAUAUACAAACGAAUUUAUAGGAAAUAUCAUUAAGUAUGAUGAUGGCUUUAGCUUAUGUAGAACUGUAUAAUAUUGGUAUUUUUACAUUAAGUUAUUACCAAAUUGUUAAACUAUUAUAGUAAAUUUAUAGGAGCUACCAACACUGAAUACUAACCUUAGUAAGAUAAAUACUGUUAAGUUUAUGUAGUGAGUUUAUUACGUAAUUUAUGAGAAGAUAAACAACCGAAUUGUAUUUGUAAGCUUAAAGUAUGCAAUUUUAAUACAUGAUCUAUCAUCUAUAGCCGACGAUACUUUGUCCCAUUGUAAUGACGAAAGACUUAUCUAUAAACUGACAUAAUAAUUCUAAUUGUUUCCGGAAGUGAAAUAUUAAUAUCUGUAAGUGUGACCAAAUCCGGGUAUAAAUUUUAAAAUAA